ACAAUUUUAGUAGUAGUAAAUGUACUUAAUUACUACAACAGUUACAGUAAUUAUUUUCUGUGCUUCUGCAUGGUGCUUCCACAAGAGUGGAUUGAAAGAACUGCUGUUAGAAUGAUGAUUUAGAAGUCUCAGGUGAUGCGGUGUUGCACUAGUUAAGGACGCCCCCUCACCGCUGCCACCCCCCCCACCCCUCCCUAAAAAUAUACGUGAGAAUGAUCGUCAUCCCGAACGUGGGUUCCGAUGUCCCGACCCCUCCGGAGAGGCGCUGGCCGAGGCGUUUGGGCUGGGCUCUCCUCCUGACCCUCUCUGUGCUCAUCUACGGGUCCCACGCGCCCCUCAUCGCCCUGUCCAAAGUGGACGGGCGCGUCCCGUUCAGCUCCUCGUCCUGCGUGCUGCUGAUCGAGGUGGCCAAGCUGCUGGCCUCCCUGGCCGCCGUGCUGGCGUCCCGGGGGUCGGGCGGGCCCGCGCUGGCGUCCGCGUCCUGGGCGCAGGCCGUCCCCUACGCCCUCCCCGCCCUGCUCUACGCCCUGAACAACAACCUGGCGGUGCUGAUGCAGGCGCACAUGGACCCCGGCAGCUUCCAGGUGCUGGGGAACCUGAAGAUCGGCUGCACCGCGCUGCUCUACCGCGGCUGCCUGGGCAGGAGGCUGAGGCCUCGCCAGUGGCUGGCCCUGGCGCUGCUCACGGGGGCCGGGGUGUGCCACAGCUACGCCAGCCUGGAGCCGGGGGGGGCCCGGGGGGCGGACGAGGGAGGCCCAGACCCCGCCAGGCGCCUCCACGUCUCCUCCUGGGGCCUCCUCCUGGUGCUCUCCUACUGCGCGAUCUCGGGGCUGGCCGCCGUCUACACCGAGCUCACCCUGAAGGCCCAGCGGCUGCCGCUCAGCCUGCAGAACCUCUUCCUGUACGUCUUCGGCGUGGCGGUGAACGGGGCGGCGCACCUGUCCGGCGCCGGGGGCGACCGCGGCUUCCUGGAGGGCUACUCGGCGACGGUGUGGGCCAUCGUGGCGGGGCAGGCGGCCAACGGGCUCCUGAUGUCUGCGGUGAUGAAGCACGGGAGCAGCAUCACGCGGCUGUUCGUCAUCUCCUGCUCCAUGCUGGUCAACGCCGCCCUCUCCUGGCUGCUGCUGGGACUGCAGCUCACGCCCGCCUUCCUGCUGGCGGUGCUGAUGAUCGCGCUGGCCGCUCACCUGUACUACGGAACGUAGCCCCGCCCGCCCGCCGUCCUACCUGUCGGGAGUACGUUCGAGCACAGGAUGAUGAAACUUUCUCACGUUCCUUUUUUCUUGCGCCAAAUCAAGUUACUGUGGAUUCAUUCGCUCUUUUUUUGACUUGAGUGGUUUGUUUUUGUUGCUUCAUUUUCAUUAGAAGUGCAAUGUAAGGAGUUUCACGGAGAACUGAUGUAAAUAAAGGCAUUGUUUGAGGUAUUUUGGCUGCCACAUUUCCACACGGUAUUUGCCUGACAGUGUUGAGUAUUUCAGAAAUGGUGAAACUCCUACUCUUUCGUGAGCUGUUAAACCAAGUGUGUCCAAUCUUAUCCAAAAAGGGCUGGUGUGGGUGCAGGUUUUUGCCCAGCACUAAGACACCUGAUUCUACUUAAGAAGGUCUUGAUUAAAGACCACGAUUAGUUAGUUGUAUCAGGUUUGAUAGCGCUGGCCUAAAAAACCUGCACCCACACUCGCCCUAUUCGGAUAAGACUGUUCACCCGUGUUAAACCAACCUGGCAGCUGUAAGGAGUUGUACUGGAACCUUCAUUCUUCUACUGAAAACACACACGUCUGCCUCUUUCUCUCUUUGCUUUUUUGUUUGUUUUCCUGUAGUUUACAUUUGCUUUUUUUUUUGUUGCAUGGCUUUAAGGAAAAUCUGACUGAAGUGUUUACUUUUCUGUGGACAUAUAUCUGUUUUUGUUUUUGUUUUGUUUUUUAUUGUUAUGGAAAGUAUAAAGAUGUUUUAUCGUUUAACACGUAUACAUUUCCCCAUCUCGCAAGCAGGUGCUGAGAAGUGUAUCGAUGCUUUAAGUGAAUAAAUAAACAAUGGUACAUUAAAAAUAAACGCUAUAUAUUUAUGUAUUGGAAUAAUGGAGUCAAAUGAAAGUCAAAGGAAAAUAAAGCUCUAUUGAAUAAAA